AUAGAAAAGAGGUGCAAAUCCUGCUCCCCAGCCUUUGCGGGGGCAGAGAAAAGCAGAGUGCCCAGGGGGAGGUUGUUAUGAAUGACAAAGUGGUAAUUUCUUCCCAGGGGUGAGGAAGGUUUUUCCCUGUCCCUGCCUCAAGCUGCAAUGGUGCAGUCUGUUACCUUGGAGACCAGCAAACACUUCCCGACAGGACAAGCUUCCCUGUUGAGUUGCUUGGAGGAGCUUGGAGGAACUAGAAGUGGGAACCAGCGAAAACAGUCCUGGGAUGACCAGGGGCCCUUCUCCCAGAGAUGGAGAAAUAAAUGGAGCAAUGCAGGGCUACCUCUCUCCCUUUGACAAGAUGCCAUCUCCUAAGGACCGGCUUGCAUAUUCUCUUCCCCUCCUGUGACCAGUCUCCCAAGGAAGAUAAGCAUUGGGUGUUUUUAUAAUGGCCACACAAACUAGUCCUAUCUUCCAUGGUCAAGAUAAUAAGUUUCUGGAAAAUCAUUGCAUGAGGAGAAACAAUGACAGAGAUCCAAAGAAGCAAUUGAACCAGAAGAAUAUCAAUGAACGUGGCCAAAACCUAGACAAUGGACUACUGGUUACACAUAUUAACCAGACACAGGACUUGCUGAGGCUGCAGGGCGAAGAGACCCAGCUGUCUUCAGCUUGGGAGGAUUCAGAAGAUUGGCUUUUAACACACAAUUUAAAGUCUAUGAAACUCACCUUGGCUGACCUGAUAAGCCAGGGCACAGCCAUGCUGAAGGAGGGUAGCAAUGUCACGAGGAAAAUGCACAUCUCCACCCAGACCAUCCACCAAUUGGAAUCCAAGCUUUCCGAAGCUAUUGAACUCUAUCAACAGAGAAUUCAGUGGCUCACAGAAAACAGCAAGAAGGUAUUUGGCCUCAUCAAGGGGGCCAGAGUCGGUGUUCUCAUUGAUGUGUCAGCUGUCAGCAGUGGCCCUCAGAAGGAGGAGUUCCAAAGUGACCUCAUGAGCCUCAUUGAUGAGCAGCUGAGCCACAAGGAGAAGCUGUACGUCCUGUCCUUCGGUACCACCACCAGCACCUUGUGGCCCAGCCCGGUGGAAGUUGGCACCUCCAGCCUCCAGGAACUCAAGCUCUGGGUAAAGAAACUGCAGCCUGACAGAGGCAGCAAUCUGCUGGAAGCCCUGAAGAAGAUCUUCGCUCUGAAGGGGCUGAAUUCUCUGGUGAUCAUAAUGGGAAGCUGCCCAGAUCAGCCUUCUGAAAUCCUGUCCGAGUACAUCCAACAGUCCAUCAUGGGACGGGACCUCAUCACCCACAUCAUCACCUACAAAUGCGAUGAUCAGGUGCCCCCUGCUGUUCUGAAGCACCUUGCAGAAGCUCUUGGGGGCUGCUACCACUGCUACAGCCCAGAGACAGAGAUCUACAGCAGCCGGGAGGUGGAUGAGCUGCUGGCAGAAAUCCAGGAGGCCCAGAGCCUCCGGGGCCACGUGCAAGCCCUGCACCAGAGCGCCUCCUGCGAGGAGCGGACCGGCUCGAUGCACGAGAUUUCCACAGAGGUUGCAAAGAGGCCACUCACGAGUCUCUUGCCUAAACCCCCAAAGCAUGAGGAUCCCCUCACUAUUGAGUUCCCAAACUUGGACAAGACUUCUGCAGAAUGGCUAAAGACCAAUAGCCUGAAAGCCAAGAAGCUAAGCCUUUAUCAGGUUCUGGCACCCAAUGCAUUCUCUCCCGUGGAGGAAUUUGUGCCUAUUCUCCGGAAGACAGUAUCAGCAACUAUCCACGAGAAGGCAAUGGUACAGUUUGAAUGGCAUGAUGGGACAAUGAAGAAUAUUCACGUGGACCUGCCCUUCCUGUAUGAGUACCAGAAGCAGCUCAGCAGAGCUAUGCGGAUGUAUGAGAGACGGAUCGAGUGGCUCUCCUUGGCCAGCAGAAGAAUCUGGGGCACCGUCUGCGAAAAAAGGGUGGUUAUACUGCUCGAUAUCUCUGUGACCAAUUCCAUGUACAUUAUUCAUAUCCAGCACUCCCUGAGACUUCUGCUGGAGGAGCAGCUGUCCAACAAGGACUGCUUCAACAUCAUCGCGUUUGGAAGCACCAUUGAAAGCUGGAGGCCCGAGAUGGUUGCCGCGAGCCAUAGCAACUUACAAAGCGCCUGGCGGUGGGUCCUGAGCCUGCAGUGUCAAGGCAGCAGGAAUGUCCUCAGCGCCCUGCGGAAGGCUGUGGAAGUGGACUUCAAGGACAAAGACAAACAGCAAUCACAGGGCAUCUACCUCUUCACCGGGGGCAUCCCUGACCAGGACAUGGCCAUGCUCAGCGCCUACGUGGCCGAGGCCCGUGUGGGCUGUGACUUACAGCUGAACGUGUGUCUCUUCUACGUGGGCGAGUCACAGAUGGACACCACGCCCCCUGCCUGCUAUGCCAGCCGCAGUGACACGGCCGCCGCCUACCGGGAGUUCACCCGGGCUGCUGGGGGCCGCUUCCACUGGUUUGGAGACACAGGUAUUUACGAAAGCGAUGAUAUCAGUGCCAUCACGUCUGAGAUGGAAAAGGCUCUCAACUACUCCCAAAAGUGUGCCUUGCUCGUGUCGUCUCUGAAGAACCAGUCCGGAAAACAACAGGAAAGUGCAGCCCUCCUGAGAGACAAGCCGAAGACGCUCAAGCUGAGACAUCAGCCCGGGAAGUUCUGUCCCUCCAAGCCCAGAGCACGCUCUGUGGCCAGAACGAGCAUUAAAGAUGACCCUGACAGAGAGAAGAGUCCCCGCUUGAAAGCUCUGCUGUGGAGUCCACUCAGUGGCAAAGCGGGCAUCCCCCCAGCUACAGCCCAGCCAGUGAAAGAAGGGACUGCAGAUCGGAGGAGGAAGACCAAAUCAAGGGACGCAGAGACCUCUCUCUCGCUGUUCUAUACAGAGACAGGGAAUAAUGUGGGUCCCUGGGCGCGGCGCUCCUGCUCUGCGCAUGAGGGGCAGUGUCCUCAGACUGAUGGGAAGGGAGUGGAGAUGAGCCUCCCAGGCUUCGUGUACAGGAAGUACCCUCAAGGAAGAGCCCUAAGGAGGACUAGCUUUUCUAUUGAGUUGCCCAGAAAGGAUACAGUCUGCUCCAGCCUAGAGUGGGUAGCAAAUUAUGGACUAAAAAAACUGAAGAUGGAGAUCUCCAGAUACCUCGGUCCCAAAUGCACUCAUCAAAAGUCAACACAGACGUCGGCAUCAGCCAAAUACUGCAGUAUCUUCCCCAGCAUAGAGAUCAACGGGAUGGUGAGACACAGUCAGUGUACACCCAGGGAGAUCGAAGCGUACAUCACACACCUGGAGAAGGUGACGCGGCGUUAUGUCCAAAGGCUGCAGUGGCUGCUGUCUGGAAGCCGCCGACUCUUUGGUGCCAUUUUGGAGAGCAAAGUGUGCAUCCUGCUGGACACGUCGGGAUCCAUGGGCCCCUACCUGCAGCAGGUGAAGACAGAGCUCGCUCUGCUGAUCUGGGAACAGCUGCGGAAGCACUGUGACAGUUUUAACCUGCUCAGCUUUGCAGAGGGCCUACAGCCGUGGCAGGACACUCUGGUGGGGACCACAGACGCAGCCUGUCACGAGGCUGUGAAGUGGGUGACCAACCUGCAUGCUCAGGGGAGCACCUCAGUCUUGCAAGCAUUGCUGGCAAGUUCCACCGCCAAGCCUGACCCAGUGGCAAAGCAGAAAUACCAUCGCCCCUAUCCUGACAUUGCACCAUGCUUUGCAGUUUACAAAGAGCACUUUAGAAUUUACUGUUAAAUCAUUUCAUCUUCCCAGCAAC